AUGUCCAGGUUCAUGCCUUUGUUUCCUUCGUCUUGGACGCGUGGCGCCUCAGGUCUUAAGGAACUCAAGGACGCCAAGGCCCCGAAGGUGGAGGACAUGACUGAGAAGUUUCGUCAAGAGAAGGCGCAAUUCCAAAAAGAACUAGAAGAACAGAAGACCAUCGUAAGGUCACUGGAGGCGCAGCUGCAAGCUGCCAACGAAUCAAGAGAAGGCCGACUCACCUCGCCGGAGGCCGAGGAAGCUGAAGCCAAGACAUGCCGAGACAUCUUCGAUGCCGCAGAGAAGGGUGCCCUGGAUGCGCUACGCUACUUCCUACGGGCGGCGCCGCAGCGCGUGGCCCAGACAAAUGGCCAAGGCCAAACGCCGCUAAUGCGGGCCGUGGAGAAGGGCCAGCUGUCGGCCGCCAAAGAUUUGGUGUUGAUCUUCGGGGCCGAGGUGAACUCCAAGGAUUCUUUUGGCGAGACCAGCUUGCACCUGUUGGCGCGACACUUUGUGAGUGGCCUCGGCCGCAGCGCUUCGAUCUUCCACGUGUUGUCCGCCGCCCAGAUUCGGAUGGAUGCCGUGAACAACUUUCGUCGAACGGCGCUGCAUUUGGCCGCGCAGUUCGGGCAGGGUGACAUGGCUCAGCUGCUGUUGGAUGCGAAAGCCCCUUUGGAGGUCCAGGAUGACCGAGGCCGAAGGCCUUUGCAUCUGGCGGUGCAGUUUGGACAUUCCAACAUGGUCCAGCAGCUGCUGAAGGCGAAAGCUGACGUUCAAGCGAAGGACGACACAGGUGCCGACGCGCGGACCCUCGCGGCCGCGCGGGCGGACGCCACGGGCGCCGAGCUCCGGCGGCUGCUGGCCGAAGCUGCAGCGAAAGCAUGUCGAGUUCUCAGAGGUCAGAGGUUUAAGACAUCCAAUUGA